CGGAGGAGGAGGGAGGGAGGGACGGGGCUGCAUCGGGCGAGAGUAAAAAUGUGAAGGUGGAAUCCAAGUGAGCAGCGUCGUCUUCUGGUUUGUACAGUCUGUCUGACUGGAGGGAAAAUAAUUAUUAUUAUUUAAAAAAACAACAACAACACACACACAGGAGACCCUGGCACAGCAGGAGCGGGAGCUUUAUUUGGAUCCUACAGCUGAUUACGGGAAUAAUCCUCGCUAAGAAUUCUUUGUUUAUAUUUGCGUGUCCCUCUUUCUGCCAGCGUCUGCACCUUCACAUGUAAUUGACUGGAAGGAGCGGUGCCGAGAGGGAGGAUCGCAACCCGCGAUCGCGGGAUAUUGUUUCAUGAACUGCACAAUGUGAGCAUCUCCUCGUGCUUUAUGGGAUUAUUUUUGGCCGAAGCAGCUUUGUUUUGGAUACGGACGCGUUGGGCAUCAUGAGUUCCAGCGCUCAUCAGCAAGUCUCAACGCGCAGCGAGCGGAGCUCUGAGCCAAUCCGGUGUCAGCGGUGUCGAGAAGUAUGCAAAGGGGAAGUGGUUCGCGUCCAAGACACUCACUUUCAUGUCAAGUGCUUCACCUGCACCGUGUGUAACUGUGACCUGGCACGAUCCGGCUUCUUCCAGAAGAAGGGCGAGUACAUUUGCACGGCAGACUACCAGCGUUUAUACGGCACACGCUGUGACCGCUGCGGCAACUUCAUCACAGGAGAGGUGGUGUCCGCUCUGGGACGCGCGUACCACCCCAAGUGCUUCGUCUGCAGUAUCUGCAGCAAACCCUUCCCAAUCGGAGACAGGGUGACGUUCAGCGGAAAGGACUGCGUGUGCCAGCAGUGCUCCCACACACUUGUCAAGGCAAAUGAACCCAUCAAGAUCCACGGACCGAGCCACUGUGCUGGGUGUGGAGCAGAAAUCAAACAGGGUCAGUCUCUCCUGGCACUGGAGAAACAGUGGCACGUCAGCUGCUUCAGAUGUCGGACGUGCAGCAUGGUUCUCACGGGGGAAUACAUCAGCAAGGAUGGAGCGCCGUACUGUGAAGCGGAUUACCACGCCCAGUACGGGGUGAAAUGUGAAACGUGUAACAGAUACAUCAGCGGACAGGUUCUGGAGGCAGGAGGGAAGCAUUACCAUCCGACAUGCGCUCGAUGUGUCCGCUGCAACACGAUGUUCAAAGAAGGGGAAGAGAUGUACCUGACAGGUUGUGAGGUGUGGCACCCGUUAUGCAAGCAGGCUGCAAGGGCUGAGCGAAGGCUCAGGCACAGACGCCUGUCGGAGACCUCCAUCUCACCGCCAGGAUCCUCCAUAGGCUCUCCCAGCAGAGUUAUAUGCGCCAGAGUGGAGCAUGAGAUCUUUGGUUAUAAGGACCUUGCUGCCCUGCCAAAGGUCAAGGCCAUAUACGAGGUCCAGCAGCCAGAUCUCAUAUCCUCCUCAUACCAGCCAUACCACAGAUACACCUCUGAUGAAAGGCUAGACACUUUCACCUAUGGGGAGUCCCUUGGAAAUCUCUCUCCGUAUUCUCAGGAUUAUGACCAUCCGGAUGCAAAGCAGCUCCGAUGCCCCAUUCCAGGUUAUAUUGACUCCCCGACAUACAGUCGUCAAGGCAUGUCACCCAUUAUGCCUCACUCUCCGCAGCACUUUGGCUACCCUGGCUCUGAGAGUGGCAGGAGUUCACCCUAUUAUGGCCAAGAGGGGCGAUCAAGCACACCCACCACAAACCAGCCCCCUAAACAUUUUCAUGUUCCAGCCACAGGGGAUCCCAACAUCUACAGGAAGCCACCCAUCUAUAAGAGAACGGACAAUCAUGUGGAAUCAGCCACUAAAAGCAGAACAAGUGAGGAUAUCCUCCGAUCCUCCAGCCUGUCCACCUACUCUCCAGAGCCGUACGCACAGUCGGAGUCGGACUAUUACCCGUACACCAGCUCCCCAAGAGCCUACCGGGCGCCACGGCGGCGCUUCUCGACGGGAGGAGAUGAAGAGAGUUGGAGUCAGGGUCUUCAAAGAAUUGGGAGUGGCAUCGGACGGAUGAUCCUCAAGGAGGAGAUGAAAGCGAGAUCUGGUUCCUACGACAACGACCCCUGGGGCAGCGCGAGGAAUUCUCGUUGCGGGAGCAAGGAAACGCUGAACACGACGGGCUACGGCACAGCGGCGUACAACAACACCAUCAAUGGCUCACCAAGAUCUCAGUACAGCACUGAUAGUGAUUUUGGUUGCAAGUCAGCAUCACUACCCGGAUAUAGGCGCAAUGGUCUUCAGCGGCCUCAGAGCGCAGACUGCUACCAGUAUCAGUACGACGACGGCAGCGAGGUCAACUGGGGAAGUAGAGCUGAGUAUAAGGUUUAUCCAUAUGAAUUACUCAUUGUCACCACCAGAGGGCGGAAUAAACUGCCUAAAGACGUGGACAGAGCGAGACUAGAACGCCACCUGUCCCCAGAAGAGUUCGUCCAGGUGUUCGGCAUGACGGUGGAGGACUUUGACCGGUUGGCUCUGUGGAAACGGAACGAGCUGAAGAAGCAGGCUCGGCUGUUCUAGUCACUCUCGCUCGAUGCGUGUUAAAUGCUGCCACAAGUUGACCACGAGACGGAGACGCUCCGUCUCAGAUCCACUGCCACGUCUGAAGAACCUGUUCAAGAUCUCCUCACAUGACAAACAAAAGCCAGGGUGGACUUUUGGUGACAGUGGUGGAGGUUCGCCGGACUGGAACAUGUUUGCCAGUGCAGCCAUUGCUGUGUGCUAGAGUGAAAUGUAAGCAAUAGAGACGUUCAUGCUGUAGUGCUGUGUUUUUUGGGUUUUUUUUUUUCCAAGUUGAGACUGCUCCGUUACACAGGGUGACCAGAGCUGCAGGACCGAAACACGAUGUGGAGAAAUUUGGCUUUGCCUUAUUUGUUAUGCUCUUUUAGUUACGACUGUGCAGCACCAGCAAUCCGAAGGAGUAGAAUGUAGAUACAGUAUAUCAUUGCUGACACUUUAUCUGAGUGAGUGAGUGAGUGAGUGAGUGAGUGAGUGAGUGAGUGAGUGAGUGAGUGAGUGAGUGAGUGAGUGAGUGAGUGAGUGAGUGAGUGAGUGAGUGAGUGAGUGAGUGAGUGAGUGAGUGAGUGAGCGAGUGCAUAAGCCUUUGGUUCAGGGUGCAUUUUGUUGACAUAUUACCAAUUUUUGUUGUCUCACACAAAACAGAGCAUCUUCAGUUGACAGAGAACAUUUGCAGAGGGCCUAGCAUUUUUUUUUUCCAUUUCUUUUUGUGACCUGCUUUAAUUGGCGUGAGAAUGAAAAUCUGCAUCUUAGAAGAUGCUGGCCGAAUAAUUAAAGGUCAGGAAUAGAGCAGCUGUACGGGAACCGAAGGUUGUGGAGUUCAGUAGGGACAGUGCAAAACUCCAUGUCCAGAAAAGUGUGCAGCUUUCACACUUCUAAUAGAAAUGGGAAUCUUUUCACCGUUUCUUCAAACAAUAAUUUGAGACACAAGUAGAAAGGCAAUGUUUCUUGACAUCUUCAUUUUUAAGGGCCACAAUUAAGCUUUUUUUUUUCCUUUUUUUUUUUUGCAGAUAAAUAUUAAGCGAUGCAGUUAUUUAAAUAAAAGUGCAAAAGAUGUAUUUGAUACGAUGGAGAAUGGAAUAGUGUCAUCGGCGUAAAUGAAUGUGGCACCUCAUCAAAGCUUGUCCUCUCUUCUGAAAUUUACACUAAAUCUUUGACGUAAAACUGUUGGGCCAGGAGCCGCCAGCAGGGGGAGGACAAUAGCUUGUUGGUGACGCCACUGUUCACAUUUUCUCAAUUUAUAGAUAUUACAGAUAGUUAACUUUUGCACUUGUGCCAAAUUAAUGUCUCAAACAAAACAUACCGGCAUAUGUUGUUUUUUUUUUUGUUUUGUUUUGUUUUUAUGUUUUAUAAAAUGUUUUCUGAAAUUGAGGUUUGAGUUUACAAGACAUAACAAUGCUGUAUUCCUCUCCUCUCCUCUUUGCAAUAGAAUGAUGAUGACAGUUUAGGUUGUGCAUUGUUUCUAAACCUACAUUCACAACUAUUUAUAUUCUUUUGGAACGAUAAUCCAAUAAUUUUGUAGCUCCAGAAAUUAUAUUUCCACACCAGGAAACACUCAAGGUAUUUUCCCACACAAAGACCCAGGGUUGUUAAAGACUUCUUUUGAAUACUGUUAUUUUUAUCAUUAUUAUUAUUAUUAUUAUUAUUAUUAUUAUUAUUAUUAUUAUUAUUAUUAUUAUUAUUAUUAUUAUUUUGACACUGAAAUUAAACUGCAACACAGAACGAG